GUCGGACUCUUCUCCUCAGACUCUCCCUGUUUCUGUGCGCCUCUACCAGAAUCAAAACAUUCUCAUUUCUUGAUUGUUUACCUUUAAAUAGAUUAAUCCAUGUUCUCUCGUACCCUCUUUCUCUCUCUCUGUCUUUCUUUCUUUCUCUCUGGAGAGAGAAAGAGAGAGCUGGGUCAGCCAAACAACCACCACGCUGUCAAGUCCCGAAACCAUCGGUCUUUCGCAUUUCUAGGCUCAACCCACCCAACCCACUCCCGCAAAUAUCUCUUUCUGUCUCACUCACAUGACCCACAUUGCAAAUCAGAACAAUCUCCAAUACCCAUCAUUUUUUUUUCAAUUUCUUUUUCAUUUUUUCAUUUUUUUUUUUUUAGAUUUUCCAUCCAUGUCCUCUGUUUCCAUCCAAUUUCAUCUCUAAUCUUUCAAUUAACUUGGAACUCUUUUGAUUGAUCGUUCGACUGAAAUAAAAGCAGAGAAAGGCUGCCACCGGAAACACCUGCAUCGAGAACAUUUAUUUUUUUUAUUUUCACAUUUUAAUCUUUUUUAUGUUCAGUGCAGGGUUUUCUGGUCUGGUUUUUUUCAUAGUCAAAUUUAAAAUUUGACAUUGUAUUCGUGUUUGUUGCUUUUUGAUUGUAAAAUUUAAAGUUUCAAUUUUGCAGUCUCUGUAACAUUCUUUGUCGCAUUUGCUUCCCCUUUGUUUUAAAUUUUCUUUGGUUCAUUGAUUUCCUCUACACCCUCAUUUUCAUUAAAAAUAUCGAAACUUUGCCAGUUGGAAGAUAAUUCUGGGACUUGUGCUGCAUUUUUCUUUUGUCUGAAGUUUCUGGGAACCUGAGGUUAAUCAGAAGACAGCAAUUAGAAAUAAGGGGCCGGUUUUCAUUAUCUAGUAUAAUUGAUUUUUGAGUUGAAUUUUGAGCACCCAGAUUGAGAUUUGAGGAAAUAUGAUUGGCUGAAACUGGAAGCUCCCCUAGGAAAAAUGUAGGUGUACCCAUUUAAUUAAUGGUUGCAACUUUGCGAAGGGGUUUGUUGUACAUUUUUAGAACGUUCUUAGGUGAGAAUAUGGGCUGCAUUUGCUCCAAAGGAGCCUCAGACAAUGAAAAAGUUUAUGACUAUGAGAGAGAGAAGGAGCCGAACAAGUCUUCGGUUCAAAUGGUGGCUCCUGCUCCCUCAAAGAGAGAAGAGUUUGGACAUGAAGUUGGAGUGGUUGAUGGCUCAUUUUUUCGGGUAGCUACGACGGCCUCACAAGCGCAUUUUGAAUGUGUCAAUGCAGCAGAUGACAAUGAAGAGAAGAAAAGGAUGGCUGUGAAAAGACCAGGCAGUGGCCAUCACCAGAGAUGGGCAACAAUGGAUUUGGGAUCGAGUGGAGGACAUCCGGAAAUGUCUAGGAUUGUUAGCAUGCCCAAUGGUGCUAAAGGAGAGCAAGUUGCGGCCGGAUGGCCUUCUUGGUUAUCUUCAGUUGCUGGAGAUGCCAUCAAAGGGUUGUUGCCUCGACGGGCAGAGUCGUUCCAGAAAUUGGACAAAAUUGGACAAGGAACUUACAGCAGUGUAUAUAAGGCUUGUGACCUUGAAACUGGAAAAAUUGUUGCAAUGAAGAAAGUUCGAUUUGUAAAUAUGGAUCCAGAAAGUGUCCGAUUUAUGGCUAGAGAAAUCCAUAUUCUGCGUAAACUUGACCAUCCGAAUGUUAUGAAGCUUGAGGGAUUAGUUACUUCAAGAAUUUCAAGCAGCUUGUACCUUGUCUUUGAGUACAUGGACCAUGACCUUGCUGGGCUUGCAGCAACACGUAGCAUCACAUUUACUGAACCACAGAUUAAAUGUUAUAUUCAACAAUUGCUUCGUGGCCUUGAGCACUGCCAUAGUCGUGGUGUCCUGCACCGAGACAUCAAGGGUUCGAAUCUUCUGAUUGACAAUAAUGGAGUUCUUAAGAUUGGAGACUUUGGUCUGGCCAACUUUUAUGAUCCUGAUCAAAAGCAGCCAUUGACUAGUCGUGUCGUAACUCUGUGGUAUAGAGCACCGGAACUUUUGCUUGGUGCUACGGAAUAUGGAGUUGCUAUUGAUUUGUGGAGCACUGGUUGCAUCCUUGCAGAACUGAUUGCUGGGAAGCCUAUUAUGCCGGGAAGAACGGAGGUGGAACAAAUGCAUAAGAUUUUUAAGCUUUGUGGGUCGCCCUCUGAGGACUACUGGCAGAGAUCAAGAUUACCUCAUGCAACUAGUUUCAAACCUCAACACCCGUACAAGCGUUGCGUUUUUGAGACAUUCAAAGACUUUCCUUCUUCGGCUUUGGCUCUUGUUGAUAAACUCCUUUCAGUAGAACCAGAGAAUCGAGGAUCAGCUGCUUCUGCACUUAGAAGUGAGUUCUUCACAACCAAGCCCCUACCUUGUGACCCAUCAAGUUUACCGAAAUAUCCUCCAAGCAAGGAGUUCGAUGCCAAGCUUCGAGAUGAGGAAGCAAGAAGGCGGAAAGCUGCGACUGUAAAAGUACAUGGUCCUGAAUCUGUUAAAAGGGGUUCAAGAGAUACCAAUGCAGUGCGAACACCAGAAUUCAAUGCCCAGGGAGAUAUUUCUUUGAAGGGACAGUCAAAUCCCAAAGCCUCAAGUCAUAAGUAUGAUCCCCUGGAGGAUGGUGGGUCUGGUUUCCGGAUGGAGCCGCCUAGAGGAGCGAGGCAGAAUGGCUUCUCUAGUUCUAGUUCAAUGGUACACCCCUGUGCAAUAGGAACAUCAUGGAAUAAGACGGCAGCCUCUGCAAGAAACAGUGGCGAGUCACAGGUGCAGAAGUCUCACAUAACUCAGGCAGCCCCUGGAAAAGAACUUGGAAUGGGUUAUGUACCAAAGAAGAACAGAAUCCACUACUCUGGACCAUUGAUGCCCCCGGGGGGAAACAUUGAAGAAAUGCUCAAAGAGCAUGAGAGACAAAUCCAACAGGCUGUCCGUAAAGCGCGCCUUGACAAGACCAGGACCAAUAAAAGCUAUGAUAAUUCCCAUUAAAGAAAUGUGUGAUGAUCCUCAAAAUAUGAAACUCCUGUGCCUUGGUAGGAAGGCAUUCUGUAUGUAUGACUUAGCUGUUCAGCUGACCAGUGACUGCAAUUUGCAAUCCAGUAGGAAACUACUUUCAUGAUCACCAAAUAUUGAUAGAGAUAAUAUGCCAUUAAGGUUUAACCAAGAAUGUUCCCCCACUCGGCCGAGGAAAAAGAAGAAGAAAGAAAAAAAGAGAGAAAGAAGUACAGAUUGCUUUUAAAUUGUCAAGUUGGAAGGGUCUGGGCAUUUCUUUCAUUGCUUGGACAGGAUGGGAAGGUUGUUGCUUUGUAUAGUGGAAAGGGUUUGUUCAGUGGAAGUCAGUAUAUAUUCAUUUUGUU